AUGAGUGGGGGGGUCUAUGGAGGAGAUGAGGUGGGGGCGCUCGUCUUUGACAUCGGCUCGUUCUCAGUCCGAGCCGGCUACGCCGGAGAAGACUGCCCCAAGGCGGAUUUCCCCACCACGGUGGGGCUGCUGGCCCCCGAGGAGGCGGCGCUGGAGCUGGACGGGGAGAAGGAGAAGAAGCCGGGGAAGGUUUAUUACAUCGACACCAACUCGCUGCACGUCCCGCGGGAGAACACGGAGGUCCUGUCGCCCCUCAAGAACGGCAUGAUCGAGGACUGGGACUGUUUCCAGGCCAUUCUGGAUCACACGUACGGGAAACACGUCAAGUCGGAGCCCGGCCUGCACCCCGUGCUCAUGUCCGAGGCGCCGUGGAACACCCGGGCCAAGCGGGAGAAGCUGACCGAGCUGAUGUUCGAGCAUUACGCCAUCCCGGCCUUCUUCCUCUGCAAGACUGCCGUGCUCACCGCCUUUGCCAAUGGGCGCAGCACGGGGCUGGUGCUCGACAGCGGCGCCACCCACACCACAGCCAUCCCCGUGCACGACGGUUACAUCCUGCAGCAAGGCAUCGUGAAGUCGCCGCUGGCCGGGGAUUUCAUCUCCAUGCAGUGCCGGGAGCUCUUCCAGGAGAUGAACAUCGAGAUCGUGCCCCCCUACAUGAUCGCUGCCAAGGACCCUGUGCGUGAGGGGGCCCCCCCCAACUGGAAGAAGAAGGAGAAGCUGCCCCAGGUCUCCAAAUCCUGGCACAACUACACCUGCAAUGAGGUGAUCCAGGAUUUCCAGGCCUCGGUGCUACAGGUCUCCGACUCGCCAUAUGAUGAGCAGGUGGCCGCCCAGAUGCCCACCGUGCACUACGAGAUGCCCAACGGCUACAACACGGACUACGGGGCCGAGCGGCUGCGCAUCCCCGAGGGGCUGUUCGACCCCUCCAACGUCAAGGGUCUCUCCGGGAACACCAUGCUGGGCGUCGGCCACGUGGUCACCACCAGCAUCGGCAUGUGUGAUAUCGACAUCAGGCCGGGUCUCUACGGCAGCGUCAUUGUGACCGGGGGCAACACGCUGCUCCAGGGCUUCACCGACCGGCUGAACCGCGAGCUGUCGCAGAAAACGCCCCCCAGCAUGCGCCUCAAACUCAUCGCCAGCAACAGCACCAUGGAGCGGAGAUUCAGCCCCUGGAUUGGGGGGUCCAUCCUUGCCUCGCUGGGCACUUUCCAGCAGAUGUGGAUCUCCAAGCAGGAGUACGAGGAGGGUGGGAAGCAGUGCGUGGAGCGGAAGUGCCCCUGA